AAAGAGAGUAUUAACUAAACUGUUUCUGUUGUGAAGUGUAAAUGUCAUUUUUGUUUUUUGCUCAAUUUUUGCACAAUUUCCCAUCGAAAUUACGACAAAAUGUACACUUUUUAUAGUUCACGGUAAAAUAUUUGGUCUAAACUAUUGAACAAACGUUUAUUUUAAAUCGACAGUGACAUUUUUUGUCGAAUUAUUGUUUGAAAAAAGAAAAUAUGCGACCCAAUCACAGUAAAAAAGUGAAAGAAAACACAAGCAUGUCUUUAAUAAAGUCUAUGUGUCCAGCUCAAAUUAACAGACUUGUUCUGGGCUAUUUGGGCAGUCAGGGUUUUACGAAGGCGGCCAAAGAACUUUGUAAAUCAAGUCCUUAUCUUACCAUUGAGGACUAUGCAUAUGUCAAAGACACACAUGUGAAAAUAAUAAAUCCUGACAAAACCAGAUCGCUGUUAGACAUCAUCAGAGAAUUCACUGAAAUUCGAGAGAUUGUGGAUGAAUUUUUCGAAGAAGAAUGGAAUCGAUAUGAUCCAAAUGACGUACCAAUUGAAUUACUUCGAGCGCGAACAUUAAAGGACAAAGUUCUAUAUGCAUGUCGAAAAUUUGGUAGCCCCAGCACUAGCAGUGCACAGCCAAGUCAAAGAACGGUAAAGCGGAAACGAUCAACUGAAAUUGUGUAUCAAAGUGAAUAUAGUACUGAUUUGAGUGACAGUUCUGAUUCGGUGAAAGCAACAGACGUCCAAGAUUUGCCAGGUUAUCGGCCGAAACGUCGAAAAGUUCAACUUAACCCAAAUUUUUUACUCAACUAUAAAAAUGAACAGGAUGUUAUUUGUAUAGAUGAGAGUGAUAACGAUGAUCAAAGAGAAAUCACUUUGAAAUCGGCCACCAAUUCAGAUCCAACCAGCAGCAGUGUUACGCAAAUGACUCAAUCAGAGGUAGUACAACAAUUGUCCGAUUCGAUACUAAAUAAUCCGGAUCGCAUAGUCAUGACCAUCAAUGAAGCCAUUAAAAAUAAUGCGGCCGAUUCGGAAAUGAGAGCGGAUAACGUUGUUGAGACAAUUCGUAAAAAUAUCGAUUUGGAUGAGAUGCUUAGAGAUAUAUUGGAUGUUGGCCCAAUGCAUUCGUCACCGGGUACAUCAAAACCAACGUCGGAUCUGGAAUAUGAACAAAUCGAACCGCAAAUCGAUGGAAAUCGCCAACUUAACACACCUGUACCCAAAGAUGCGAACAGAAGUUUCCGAUACGAAUUACGGUCACAAAGAAAAUCGAAUACAUCGGCAAACACACCUACUGAGUUAAAACAAACAACGGAAAACAGCAGGAAAAUUGAGAUUUUAUCGGACAAUUUGAUAAAUACACCAAUUUCAACAGAUACACUACAGAACUUGUGCAAUGGAUCAUUUGCAAUUUUACCAGAUUCCGACGAAAAAACGGUAUCGACCACAUCGAACCAGCUCUAUCAACAGCCAUAUUUGCUAUCGAUCAAAGGAGAUAAUGGUACCGUUGAGUAUAUGUUAGUUGGUUCACUUCCAAUUCAAUUUCCAGGCACCACAUCAACGGCAACCAUAUCAACCGGCAAUAAUAUCGCCGAUCCAACACAAUCCAGUCAAUUUGAUUCACAAAUUAUUGAUCUUGACAGCGAUGAUACACCAAAUUCAAAUGAAAUGCAAUCGAAUCAAGUGGAUGAAUACACCACGGUGAACGUGAACAACGAAAGGUAUCGAGUGGUCGUCGUUGAUAAAGCUCAAGUGGAUAGAGAGGGCAAUCCACCCAUCGAAGUAAAUCAGCAGCAAGACCCCAAACUGAAUUCAGAAGCUGAACGAGUUGAUGCUGAUGCAGCAAAAUCAACGGCAAUGUCAUUCAUUUCGCUUACACAAGUCAACGAUCCAAAAAAUGUUACACCGAAGCAACUCAUAAGACCAAACCCAUCAAAAAGUUUGUCGACACCGCGCCAUGUUCGUGUCUUAAAUUUCAAUACGCCAAAUCGGCAUUUGGCCGGAAUACCUGAAAGUAAAAAUGAGUUACUUGCAAAUACAUCAAAAUAUUUUUCGGAAACACCACACAAUCGUUCGAUAGUGUCGUCGUUGCCAAGUUCAGCGCCACCAAAAGUGAAUUCGGUAACUCAAAGUGAGAAAAAAUCGGGCGAAAGUGUAAUCGAUUUGGAUGCUCCGGAACCAUUUGUGCCUACCAACGAAGAUACAGUCAUAUCAGCCGAUGGUGAAACUCCAAAAGUGCGAAAAACAAAUCGAAAAGGUUGCGUACGUACGCUAUCGGCCCAUAAAGAAUUGAAUCCAGCAGAGAAUGAAAAACGUCUUAAGCGUGUGGCAAAAACAAAGAAAAAGAUUUGUCCCGACGACGGUGAUAGCAAUGAAGACGAUACGAAUAAAAAAGAAACAACCAAAACUGAACCGAUUUCCAAAGAAGACGCGGCUCUCCAAUGGGAACAGAUUAAAUCAGCCCGAAAUAAUCCAUUAUUAUUUGAACAAAAUUUGCGUGAACAGAAUAGUAAGAAGACGGCCACUGAAUUGUCAUCGGGCAAAAAGAAACGAACGCGAAGAAAACAAGUUAAGAGAAAAACAGUCACAAAUACAAAACCAGCAGUAGCUAAAGCACUCAACGAAACAAUCAAUUCGGUUGAUCUUUCGAUGAAUUCGUCAAUUGAUCCGGAUAAUUUAAAUGCAUCAAUCAAUUUGGAAGCACGAAUGCUGGAGGAGAUGUUGAAAAGCGCGAAAAAAGCGACGCCCGUUAAACAAGACAUCGUUUUAAAAUCAGCGAAGAAAAAGACACCGAUCGGAAAGUUGCAAAUAAAACUAAUGCCAUCGCCAAAGAACAAAGCACUGAAACGACUGAAAUCGAAGAGAGAUUUGGCAGCAACUCAAGUCACAAAGAAAUCAAAUGAAAUCGAACCAGUCGCCGGUGGCAGUGAAAUUGAAAAACCAGUCGCCAGUGGUAGUGGAAUCGAAAAACCAGUCGAAAAUCAAAUUGAAGCCGAAAAAUCGACUGAACCACAACCUGAAGUCAUAAUGGAACCUGAACCCAUCAAACCAAAUGAAAAUACAACCGACGACUUGGAGGUGGCACAAAAUCUAAUCAGCAUGAAAGAGGUGAUUUUGAAACAGGAGAGCGAAAGAAAGAAAUCACAAAACACAGAAAUACAAAGUGAUUCCAUUUCAAUGUCGCAUACGGUUGAGGUGGUUAAGCCAAAGCCAAAUGUUGAAACGACUCCACUGGACAGAAUCGAUCCGGAAUUACUGAGAUCUCUGAAUCUAACGAACUCAUCUUAUUUGAAUAUAUCAUCAUUGCUUGAAACACCGUUCAAAGAAGGCACACUUCUAUUACCAAAGACACCAGGUUUCAAUACGAUUUUGCCGCAAAUGGUCACACCAAUGCUUCGGCCGAGUGCACAUUUGUUGGACGAUUCAAUUUUUAAAACUGGACUGUUCCCAACUCCAAAUUUCCCAAUUACGCCGGGACUGUCAAUAUUCACGCCAUUCAAAGAUAUUUUUUCGCCAAAAAGUGAAGAGAUCGUUUAUGGAGCGGCCAAUCGUCCAACUGAUUACUCGUCAAGUAGUUCAUACUAUAAACCAGAUGAAUCGGAUGGAAUUGAUAGACAAAUCCAAGCAUCCGUUCAUUCAAAUCGAACCAAUAGCGGUGUGUACAGUGCCGAUGAAAUAAAUGAUGACUCAAAAAUCGAUGAUUCACAAAAUACACUGAACAGUUCAACAUCAUCAUCGUCGUCAAAUUCAUCUUCCGGCAGUGAAUCUGAUUCAGAAAGUGAUUCUUCGUCUUCCUCUGACUCCGAAAGCUCUCAAAUUAUGAAUAAAUCCGAAAAAGAAACACAACCGACUGAAGAAACGAAUGUGAAAGUUUCAUCGCCCAAAGUGAUCAAUGAAGAUUCAACGCAAAUAAUAAAAUCACAUUUGACAACCGCCAACGAAGUGAAUAUUGCUAAAAAUAUUCUGUUAAGCGUGCCUCAGGAACCGGUGAAAAAUGAAGAAGCCGAACGAAUUAUUGUGCUCGAAGAAAAACGUCGCCGUACUCAAGAACUUCUCCGAGAAGCCGAAAUGAAAAAGCACGAAAAGGGCAAACCAAAAAAUGUCGAGCAAUUCAAAAAGUAUCGAGCAAUUGCAGAAGCAAAACGCGACCAAUUACGACCACCGACCAAGUCUACGGCAUCGCCAUCAAAACGAAAAACCACACAACCAAAAAAAUUCCAACGAAAUUCACAGCAAAUUCAAUCACAAGUUGUGAUUAAUCCAUCGGUCGCUGAAUCUGAAGCAAAAGUACAAACUGAACGACUUAUAACUGAGGCAGCCAAUGAUAAUGCUGUCAUCGAUGCAUCUGAUGUUACCACAACACAAAAACCGCAGGCAAAUCCGAUGGAUGAUGAGGAAAGUGUCGAGGCAAUCACAAGUCAUUUAAAUAAGAGCAGCGAAAUGACCGAUAUUGUGGUGCCGGUGAAGAAUGCUGGUGAUUCGAAGAAAAUUUCGCCCGAAAGCUUAGUCGAAAUGUUAUCGGCAAAGCAAAAACGAUUCGAUGCCAAUCGACCAAAAAUGAAAACUGAAGUAAUUGCCGCCUUACCAAUGGGCCGGACAACACGAUCUCGUGCAAAGAUACGACCUGCACAAAAUAUUAUUACAAAACCACCGCCAAUACCUACAUCGAGCACGGCCAAUGUUGACACGAAACUGGCUGAUUCGUCUAAAGAGAAAUCAAAAGAUGAAAAACCGAUGGUGCCGGAAAAAUCGGAAAAUUCUGUUCCAAAAAGUACUGAAUCAUCGAAAGAUGAAAAAGGUGUACCGUCAAAGGUGUCAUCGUUAGAUGAAAUGCCAACUAAAUACAAAUUUGUGACACCGGCCAAAGAACGUCGAUCACGCCAAAUUCGUGAUAUAUUUGGUGAUUGUACCGACAUUGAAACACCCAUCAAAUCACCAUCGAAAACUGUAAAUCAACCCAAAGAGAAUAAACGUUCUUUAACGCCACCGCCACCGCCGCCGCAGCCAGCCGAAACAAAAUCAGAAGUCGUCAGCGAAAGUACAAAAUUCGAAGCUGACAGCAGCAAUGUAAAGGAUGAAGAAGAUAAUGACGAGAGUGAAGACGAUGAUUCAGGCGACGAAGAUGGUUAUGAAUUGUGCCUUUCAAUCGAUGACAACGAUAAGAAGCGUUUUAUUUCAAUUCGCGAAAAUGCAUCAAUCAAACCCAAAGUAACGGAACAGUGCUUAAAUAUCCAAACAAAGAAUGUUCAUUUAGAUGGCAUGCGAAUCAAAUUGGCGGCCAGUGAGGAAUUCGAAUUGUAUACGCAGAACAUUGAUAGUGUUGCAUCUGAAAUGAACAAAGAAUCGGGACGUCGUAGCGCGAAACAAAGUCGAUGUGAAACGGGCAAUGAGACAAUUUCCAGCUCCGAAGCCAUUUAUGGUAAACCAUUGCACACAUCAACGCCAUCCCCAUCUAAAUCAGUAACAGCUAAAUUCAACAUCAAACACAAAUCUACCGGACCAAUGAGUCCAAAAUCAUCCAAGAAUCAAAGUAAGGACGAUAUUUUGAGUUUUAUGAUCGACGAGGUACUAGGUAAAUUGCAUCCCACCACAAAAUAACUGUAAUUGUUCGCAAGAUGUGUCAGGAUUAGGAACAAAAUUACAAUAUUUAAUAUAAUUAGGUCGUUUUUGAUGAAUUUAGACUGUAAAGUGUGAACAUUUUUUUCAUUUCAGUUUGACUUUCCAAACAUUUAACAUUUAUUCCACGUAUGCCAUUUAAGUCUUACAUAUUUAUUAUUCAUUUCAUUAAGACUAUUGUAGUUUAGAGACA